GGUGUCUUAAGGUCAAGUUUGGGUUAAACUAAAUCCGACCCAUUUUGGCAUCUAACUCAAACUAGCAUCCGGCUUAGAGGUGCGGUGGUGUAAACACCAAAACAUAAACCCUUAAAGCAUGUCGGACACCGAAGGCAUAGACCAAUACGGCGUGCUCCUCUACUACAAGUAUGCCUACAUCCCCAACCUCGACGACCUCCUCUCCUUCUAUCACUCCAACUGCUCCCAACUCUCCCUCCUCGGCCGCGUUCGCCUCUCUUCCCGCGGCGUCAAUGUUACUGUUGGUGGGAAAUUGUCGUGCUUGGAGAGCCACAUUGAAGCCCUCAAGGCCAAGGACUGUGUGUUCGAAGGGACCGAUUUCAAGCUUGCUACUUGUGACGAGCCGCUAAACGAUAGGGUCGCCGAGGAGUGUGGAUUCACUUCUCUCUCCAUUCGAAUCGUCGAGGAACUGGUUACUCUCAGUUCUCAUCCAUUGUUAAAGUCACCGGAGAUUUCAAAUGCUGGAAGACAUCUUUCAGCAUCUGAGUUUCAUUCUUCCCUUCAAAAUUCUGAUCAGAAGAGUCAAGGAAACGGCCUUGUGUUACUUGAUGCAAGGAAUCUGUAUGAAACAAGAAUCGGGAAAUUCCAUGCACCAAAUGUCGAAACUUUGGAUCCACAAGUUAGGCAGUAUAGUGAUUUAUCCUCGUGGAUAGAUGAUAAUAGUGAGCAGCUGAAAGGAAAACAUGUCCUUAUGUAUUGUACUGGAGGAAUCAGGUGUGAAAUGGCAUCUGCGUAUAUUAAGUCAAAAGGUGCUGGCUUUGAGAAUGUGUUUCAGUUGUUUGGUGGUAUCCAACGGUAUUUGGAGCGAUUCCCAGAUGGUGGUUUUUUCAAGGGGAAAAAUUUUGUGUUUGAUCACCGGAUUUCUGUAGGAAGUUCAGAUACUAAUGUUCUUGGUACAUGCCUUAUCUGUCAUCGCUCAUUUGAUGAUUAUUCUUCACGCUGCCGAUGUACUUAUUGUAGAAUGCUUGUCUUAGUUUGUCAUAAUUGUCAGAAUGAAGCUGCAUUGUAUGUUUGUGAGUUGUGCCAGAAGCAGGGCAAAGCUAUUCAGUCAAUGCAGUUAAUUGAUACUGGUGAAUUGAAAACCCCAUUGGAAGGUGCUGAGUUGCAAAAUUCAUCUUCAAAUGCUACAUUAUCACCUCAAAUGCCUAAGGGAGAUGAUGUCAGGUCCUCUAGAAAGCUUAGAAUCUUAUGCUUGCACGGGUUUCGGCAGAACGCUUCCAGUUUUAAGGGAAGAACAUCAUCAUUAGCAAAAAGACUAAAGAAAAUUGCCGAAUUUGUUUUCGUUGAUGCACCUCAUGAGUUGUCAUUCAUUUAUCAAACAACUUUGGCCAAAGAUGCGACUUGUGAAUCAUCUCCAAUGCUGUCUAGUCCACCUCCACCUUUGGAGAAUUGCAAGAAGAAAUUUGCAUGGUUAGUAGCUCCCAAUUCCGAUGGAAGUACUGAUGUCAAUUGGAAGAUAGCAGAAGGCCCAUUCGAUCCACUUCAAUACCAGCAACAAACUGAAGGAUAUGAUACUUCCUUGUCACACUUGAAGAACGUUUUUUCCCAACAAGGGUCUUUUGACGGUAUCUUGGGAUUUUCACAGGGAGCGGCGAUGGCGGCUUUAAUCUCUGCGCAACAAGAACAACUAAAAGGUGAAAUGGACUUCAAAUUUGUAAUAAUAUGCUCAGGCUUUGGUCUCAAUGUAAAGGAGAUGGAACGCGGCAUCAUCAAGUGCCCUUCUCUUCAUAUUUUCGGCAAUGAACAUGGUAAGGACAGGCAGAUAGCCAACCAAGCAAGCAAGGAACUUGCUUCAUUGUAUGACGAUGGUUGUUCUGUGAUAAUUGAACAUGAUUGUGGUCACAUAAUUCCUACUCGAUCGCCAUAUAUUGAUGAGAUAAAGGGUUUCCUUGGGCGUUUUCUGUAAGAGGUUAUCGAGUAAAAUCUAUAGUUUUUGAUACAAGUGAAACCUUGCAACUUUGCUUUAUUGUAUUAUCUGUGUGUUCUGUAUACCAUUUUUGCUCCAUGAUGAUGCAAUUGGGUUGCUUCUUGUUAUGUAUUCAAAAAACCAUUCUGUA